GAUUUCACUUCGAUUACUACAAAACAAAAUAUCUAAAAGCUCCACUCAUUCCAUUUCUAUUGCAGUCUCUCUCUCUACAGUGACUGAUAAAAAUGGCGUCUCAGCUAGGCGCUGCUCCACGCGCCACCGUUCUUCACUUCAGAAAGCACAAACACAGAUUUGCUCUUCCGCCGGAGCAGGUGGCGCCAGUUAUUGGGAGAGGUGAGGCGAGGAGAAGACAAUUAUUGGGGUUGAGCUUGAGAGUUGGGGUCUCCUCCAAUGGCGGUGAGGAAUACUCCUAUCUCGAUAUGUGGAAGAAAGCGGUCGAUGGUGAGAGAAAGGCCGUGGAGUUUCAGAAGAUCGUCGAGAAGUCGGACUCGGACUCGGCGAGUGUGCGUCCCGAGGAGUUGGUGGUAAAGAGCGAGGAGUUCAAGAAGAUUCUUGAAGUUUCCAGCGAGGAAAGGGACUACAUUCAGCGAAUGCAGGUGAUCGAUCGGGCUGCGGCGGCGAUUGCGGCGGCUCGCUCGGUUCUAAAGGAGAGUGGACUGUCGGCCGAGCCAGGCUCCGGCGAUUCGGGUGCCGGGAAUUUGGGCGGCCGCGCUGGUGGUGGUGGUGGUGGUGGCGGGGGAUUAAAGAAGAGUUCUAGAAAAGGAAAGCGAAGUUGGACCAAAAUUAUACCCCAAUCAGAAGCUUCAAAAAAUGGAAUCCCAGGUCCGGAUUUUUGGUCCUGGACUCCCCCUGAGGAUGGUGAUGCCACUGCCAGUAUGGGUGUUAUUGGUGAAUUACAAAAGGCAACAAAGCCUUCAGAAAAUUCAAGUUUAGGCAACCCAGUGAUGGAGAAAGAACGCUCUACAGAUAUUCUAUCCAUUCCACUCGAAAGUAAACUCACCAAAAACAAUCGACAGGCACCUUUACCCCCUCUCCAGUCACUAAUGGAGGUUCAGAAAGUGCAAGCCUCAGAAUCCAUACUUGAGACCCCUACACAAGAUGAUCGAGAAAUUGAUUUUCAAUCUUCAGUGAAUGCUGCAGAAGUAGCCGAUGCUCUUAAUAAUGUGGAUGAGGUAUCACCCUAUGGAGUAAGGACAGAUGGUUCGAGGUGGUGGAAAGAGACAGGACUCGAGAAAAGACCUGAUGGUGUACUUUGUAGGUGGACAAUGAUCAGAGGUAUUAGUGCUGACCAAACUGUUCAGUGGCAAGAGAAGUUCUGGGAGGCUUCAGAUGAUUUUGGAUACAAGGAACUUGGUUCAGAAAAAUCAGGACGUGAUGCAACUGGAAAUGUUUGGCGGGAAUACUGGAGGGAAUCCAUGGGGCAGGAGAAUGGGCUCAUGAAUAUUGAGAAGACUGCAGAUAAGUGGGGAAAGAAUGGCCAGGGAGAUGAGUGGCAAGAGAAUUGGUGGGAACGUUAUAAUGCUUCUGGGGAAGCUGAAAAAUGGGCUCAUAAAUGGUGUAGUAUCGAUCCAAACACACCACUUGAAGCUGGCCAUGCUCAUAUCUGGCAUGAAAAAUGGGGUGAGAAGUAUGAUGGACAUGGUGGCAGCACAAAAUACACGGACAAAUGGGCCGAACGCUCCGAGGGCGAUGGUUGGACAAAAUGGGGAGACAAAUGGGAUGAACAGUUUGACCCCAACGGCCAUGGAGUGAAGCAGGGGGAAACAUGGUGGGCGGGCAAGUACGGAGAACAGUGGAACCGAACAUGGGGCGAGGGACACAACGGUUCUGGAUGGAUUCACAAGUACGGGAAGAGCAGCUGUGGUGAGCAUUGGGACACACACAUCCAACAAGAUACGUGGUAUGAGAGAUUCCCUCACUUCGGCUUCUACCAUUGUUAUGACAAUUCAGUCCAGCUCCGAGAGGUUCCUAAGCCAUCUGACAUGGCCUGAUUUUCUAAUGCAUUGCCCGUUUAAUGCUGGGAAUCCGUAUAUAGAUGCAGAACAUUGCCUUAAGUCAUAUUUAGAUGAUCCCUUUACUGAAAUGCUGUUUCCACUAGUUGAAUAUGGAUAGUAGCUGAGGUUCUUUUUAAAUAAUGAUGUAAUAAUUUUUUUUUCAAUGAGAUCUGUAACUGUAAGGUCUAAAAAUAUGAAAGAAAGCUUAUUUUCGAAGUA